AUGGCAAGUUCAGACGAUUGUUAUCCUAAGACUGUGAAGGAGUGCAGAAUUGCUGCUGAUGCAUUGAAGUUGGAAAUUGCGGAGCGAACGAAAUUUGACUCGAAGAUUCUUGUUCAUGGACAAGAGGAUGUGCUUACUCUUCAUGAAUACGAGGUAUGUGUACCGUCAUCCGUUCUCACAUCUAUGUGCAGAAUGUCCUUGAGCAUGUAG